AGUACGCUACAGUCAUAUGUGCACUUUCACUUUCCAAAAGUAAUUUGAAGUGGCCUUCCGUGCUGGCGGGAGAUCUAUUUUAUCUUCGAAAAUAACAAUAACAACAUGUUGUAGGCCUACAGAUGAAAACGUUUUGAUUGCGUCCAUCGUCCAAACUGGAAUGUAGACUAUUUUCGUCUCGAAUGCUUUUGCGCGUCUAUCGUCUGAAUGAAUCUAUCCACCCUGGGCCUGUAUUGAAAUGUAAAUAGCCUACAAUCAUACUUUAAUUUCUGAAUCUAUAUGUGCAACCCAAUUUGAACCGGUUCGUUAAUUAUUAAACUGUUAAUAAUAUUCAGUCACAUGGUAAAUAUAUAGCAUUUUUUUUUCAACAAAGAAAACUGAAUCGAAGAGGUGAACUGCAUUUGCGAUCGGCGCCAAUGGACCCGUUGGAUUUUUUGACAGAUAAGCAGUUACUGCAGUUUUUCCGCUGUAGUAGGACAGAAAUGUCGUGCAUGGAGCAACCACACACCUUUCUUAACCAGCUCCGAGACCACCACUUCAUUCCAGAGAAAAUGUACAAGAAGCUGAUUCAGUGUAGGAGUAAGGAGGUGAGGGAGAAGGGUGUGUACCAGGUGUUGGACUGGGUGGAGUCAGAGAGGCCCGACAGCAUCAAGGUGUUCUGGAACUGUGUGUUCAGGGACCACCUCCUGCAGCAGUACCCCACGUUACGCCUGCUACGAAACCGCCUGCUGGGCGGGUCGUUCACAUUUUAUGAGAAACUGCCAGAGAAGGUGGAGAAGGAAGAGGAGGAGGAUAAGAAGAAGAAGGGUUCAGUGGAAGGAGAAGAGGAAGACGAGGAGGAAAAGGAGACACGAAGGAAAAAGAGGAACCAGAAAAAGAGAAGUGAGAGUGCGGAGGAGCAGCCCAGCACGUCCACCCAGUCCAACCCCAGUCAGAAGAGGAAAGUUCAGAGGCCCAAAUACUCUUCUCCUUUCAGUAAGAAGGAGAAAGCUGACAUCUGGACCUGGCCCAUCUACAAGACCCAUCUCCCAGUCACCUGUGGGGACAAAGAAGGCACGCUCAACAGGGACAAGCUGGCCAAAGGGGAGAGGUGCAUUGUGGUCCAGGGUCGAUGGUUCAUCCCAAGUGGCUUUGAGGAGUUUGGGGGGAAGAAGAGCAGUAAGAACUGGAAGUACAGUAUCCGCUGUAGAAACACCACUCUGGGAAAACUGAUCCAGGAAGGUCAUUUAACUUCACCAGACUUUAAAAGAAGAAAGAGUGCACAGGCCAAGAAAGCACUGUUUCCCUCCAACCAAUCAAUGGGCUCAAUCACAGAAUCUAAGGAGGAUGACGAUGAUGAGGAGGAAGAAGAAGCUGAGCAGGAAAAAGAGGAAGUCUUCAAAGUCACCUGUGGAGCCAUCAAUGGAAUGCUACAUAAGGAUCGGUUUGCAUCAGGGUCGUGUGGAAAGAGCAUCCGUACGGAGCUGUGCUGGAUGACCCCGGUGGAGUUUGUGACGGGGCGGUCAGCUCUGGAAGAUCCUUCCUGGAAGAAAGACAUCCAGUGGGACGGGAAACCACUCAACGUCCUCAUCGAGAGUAAGAUCUUGGUAAUCCACUCUCUCCUGUGUAAGUGCAAGCUGUGCAGCUCCACGGCCAAAGACAGGCAUGAUCACGAUAACGAUGACGACUGCUUCAUCUGUAGAAGCCAGGGCAGCUUGAUAUGCUGUGAUGAGUGUCCUCGCUCCUUCCAUCAGAGAUGUCAUCUUCCUAAUGUGGAUGGCGCCAUGAUGGGGGAUGAUUGUCAAUGGAUGUGUACAUUCUGUGUACUGAGGGCCAGUCAGUCGUGUCACUACCCCAAACAAAUGACCUACCAGGAAGCCUUAACCUGCCGAAUCUCUGACCACCUACUGGAAUGCCAGUACCUCCUGCUGUGUCUAUACCAAGCGGACAAGGACCACAUCUUUGUGGCAGAUCCUUGCAUCCACGUGAGAAACUACACCAGUGUGAUAAAGACCCCUAUAUGGCUGGACAGGGUUGUGGAGAAGCUGCAGCAGAAUCUCUACCAAACAGUUCAACACUUUGUGUCUGAUGUGUGGCUUAUCUUCACCAACUGUGCCACAUUUAACAGGGAUAAUGCAGAGUUCCGUGGAAUGGGCAAAAGAUUGAAGGAUCUAUUUGAGAGAGAGUUCAAGAGUACAUUCAGCAUCCAACUUCAGCAUCCAACUGCAUCCAACAGCCAGUAGAGCCUUCAUCAAGUCUGUACUGUUAUCUCACUAUGAGACAACAGGGAAUAUUCACCAUGCCCUGGUCUUUCUAUACAGCCUUCAUACAGACUUGCAUGUACAUUAUUAUCCAUCUAGUCCUUUCAUUAAUUUCUUUCAUUCGUUCUAGCAAUCAAAAUGGGUGUGUGAUAAUAAUUGAAAUAGAAUGGUGGUGAUAACAUUGCAUUUCACACAGUAAAUGUUGCUUUGCUAACUUCUCAUGCAAGAGCCUUAGAAUUCCUCACCUUCCAGGUUCUUACUUCUGGUUAGGCCUCACUAGAUUCAUGUCCAGGGAUUCUGUCGAAAAUAAACUCAUGAAUUUCUAAAACAUUA